CAUCAUUUUUCCCAGUUAGGGCUUAGGAAGGGUUUACACUUUACUCUCUCUCUCUCUGCCCAUUUCCCGCCCUAUCGGGCCCCCAAAAUUUCUCCUUCUGAAUAGAAUAACAAUCUCGAACUCAGUUCAUCCCUCUCUCUUUCUUCCCCCAAGGGUUUCGAUCUUGGUACGGUUCUCCUACCACGCUGCCAUGGGCUCGCCGAAGCAGCUCCUAUCCACUAUCGAGUCGGCCCUCCUCAGCCCUUCGCCUACGACGCCCGCUCAGAGGAUCCAGCUCAUGCACGCCAUUCGCAACUCUCUCUCCUCACUCCGUUCCCUCCUCUCCUACCCGCCUCCAAAGUCUUCAGACCGAGCACAAGUCCAGUCAAGGGAAGUCAGGCUUCCGGAUUCACCGCCAAUAUCACUGGAUGAUCAGGACGUCCAGAUUGCUUUGAAAUUGAGUGAUGACCUUCAUCUCAAUGAAAUAGAUUGCGUCCGUUUGCUUGUUAUGGCAAAUCAAGAGUGGAGUCUAAUGGGACGGGAGCCAUUGGAGAUUUUACGCCUUGCGGCGGGACUUUGGUAUACCGAAAGAAGAGAUCUAAUAACAGCCCUCUACACGUUGUUUAGGGCCGUUGUGCUGGAUCAGGGUCUUGAAGCUGAUAUCGUAUCAGAUAUUCAGAAAUAUCUAGAAGAUCUUAUUAAUGCUGGGCUUAGACAACGCUUGGUUUCUCUUAUAAAGGAGCUCAAUCGGGAAGAACCAGCUGGUUUGGGUGGGCCCCAGUGUGAGCAUUAUGUUCUUGAUUCUAGAGGUGCUCUUGUUGAGCGACAAGCUGUAGUUUGUAGGGAAAGGCUCAUACUUGGACAUUGCCUUGUCCUUUCUGUUCUGGUUGUGCGGACAAGUCCAAAGGAUAUAAAAGAUAUAUUUUCCACUUUAAAGGAUUGUGCUGCUGAGCUUAGUCAGAGUAACAUGACCUUGAAACAUCAGAUUACGUUUAGUCUUCUUUUUUCUCUCGUCAUUGCUUUGAUAUCAGAUGCCCUGAGUGCAGCACCUGAUAAGGCAUCUGUUCUCUCCCGUGAUGCAUCUUUUAGGCGGGAAUUUCAUGAAAUUGUGAUAUCUGUUGGAAAUGAUCCAAAUAUUGAGGGCUUUGUUGAUGGCAUAAGACUUGCCUGGGCUGUACAUUUGAUGUUAAUCCUUGAUGUAAUUGCUGCAAGGGAGGCUGUUUCAAAUGCUUCAUCAAAUGAUUUAGGUUACCUACAUUCGUGCUUGGAAGUCAUUUUCUCAAACAAUGUUUUCCAAUCUCUGCUGGGCAAAGUUCUUCGAACUGCAGCUUUCCAGAAUGAUGAUGAGGAUAUGAUCUAUGUGUACAACGGUUAUCUCCAUAAGUUGAUUACCUGCUUCUUGUCUCAGCCACUUGCCAGAGAUAAGGUGAAAGAAUCAAAGGAGAAAUCUAUGAGCAUGCUUAGUCAUUACCGUAUGGCUGGCUCGAAUGAUUUUUUGCAUGAUCGUAACGUGAAUUCUCAAGAAGCUGUUGAAUCUGGCUCUUUAUCAUUUGUCUCUCUCUUAGAGUUUGUGAGUGAAAUCUAUCAGAAGGAACCCGAGCUGUUGUCUGGGAAUGAUGUUCUGUGGACAUUUGUAAAUUUCGCUGGAGAAGAUCACACAAAUUUUCAAACUCUGGUUGCUUUCUUGAAUAUGCUGAGCACUUUGGCUUGUAGUCAAGAAGGAGCUUCAAAGGUUUUUGAGUUACUUCAGGGGAAGGCAUUCCGCUCGGUUGGGUGGAGCACUUUGUUUGAUUGCUUAUCAAUCUAUGAUGAGAAGUUUAAACAGUCUGUUCAAACUGCUGGUGCCAUGCUUCCAGAGUUUUUGGAGGGAGAUGCAAAAGCACUAGUUGCAUACUUGAAUGUUCUUCAAAAGGUUGUGGAGAAUGGGAACCCCAUUGAAAGGAAGAACUGGUUUCCUGAUAUUGAACCAUUAUUCAAGCUGCUUAGUUAUGAAAAUGUGCCUCCAUAUCUGAAGGGAGCUUUGCGGAAUGCAAUUACUACUUUUGUUCGUAUCUCUCCAGUUCUGAAAGAUACAAUUUGGAGCUAUCUAGAGCAGUACGAUCUACCAGUAGUUAUUGGGAAUAGUGCACAGCCAAUGUCAGCACAGGUUUAUGAUAUGCAAUUUGAGUUGAAUGAAAUAGAAGCAAGGAGAGAACAAUAUCCUUCGACAAUAUCUUUUCUCAACCUGUUAAAUACUCUCAUUGCUGAAGAAAGAGAUUUAAGUGAUAGAGGGCGUAGAUUCAUUGGCAUCUUUAGGUUCGUAUAUGAUCAUGUUUUUGGGCCGUUUCCUCAAAGAGCCUAUGCAGAUCCUUGUGAGAAAUGGGAAUUAGUAAUUGCUUGUCUUCGGCAUUUUCAUAUGAUCCUGACCAUGUACGACGUCAAAGAUGAUGAUGUUGACACUGUUGCCGACCUAUCACAGUUUUCAACACCGACACUACAAUCUCCCCUUCAGAUGCAGCUUCCUAUUUUGGAGCUGCUAAAAGACUUCAUGAGUGGGAAAACUGUUUUUCGAAACAUCAUGGGCAUUCUUCUGCCAGGAGUGAAUUCCAUCAUAAAUGAACGAACUAGUCAAGUAUAUGGGAAACUUGUAGAGAAAGCUGUUCAACUUUCUUUGGAAAUUAUAAUUCUUGUCAUGGAGAAGGAUCUAUUUCUUUCUGAUUUCUGGCGCCCUUUAUACCAGCCUUUGGAUGUUAUACUUGCACAAGAUCAUACUCAAAUUGUAGCUUUGUUGGAGUACGUCAGAUAUGAUUUUCAACCACAAAUUCAGCAGUGCUCUAUCAAGAUCAUGAGUUUCUUAAGUUCCCGCAUGGUUGGGUUGGUACAGUUGCUGCUACAAUCCAGUGCUGCCAGCAGCUUGAUUGAGGAUUAUGCAGCAUGCCUUGAAUUACGAUCAGAAGAGUGUCAGAUGAUUGAGAAUAGUAGUGAUGAUCCUGGCGUUCUUAUAAUGCAGCUUCUAAUUGACAAUAUCAGUCGGCCAGCUCCAAACAUUACACAUCUACUACUCAAGUUUGAUCUCGACACCCCUGUUGAACAGACGGUUUUACAGCCAAAAUUUCAUUACAGUUGCUUUAAGGUCAUUCUUGAAAUAUUGGAUACCCUUGUAAAGCCGGAUGUGAAUGCAUUGGUUCAUGAAUUUGGAUUUCAGCUUCUUUAUGAGUUGUGCUUGGACCCACUUACAUGUGCUCCUACCAUGGAUCUUUUGAGUAGUAAAAAGUAUCAGUUCUUCUUAAAGCACUUGGACACUAUUGGUGUUGCUCCACUUCCUAAACGAAAUAGCAACCAGCCACUUCGCAUCAGUUCCCUACAUCAGAGAGCUUGGUUGCUGAAACUUUUAGCAAUUGAGUUAAAUGCUGGUGAUGUUAGUAGCUCCAACCACCAGGAGGCAUGCCAAAGUAUUCUUGCUCAUCUUUAUGGGGGUGAAAUUAGUGGAAUUGGUACCGAUGGCAUCAUAUCUCAGUCCUCUCUUCAAAAUGGCAUGGAAUACUCUGGAACUAGAUCCAUCAGUAAGAGUCAGGUUUUGGAGUUGCUUGAAGUUAUCCAAUUUAAGUCUCCUGAUACCACUAUGAAGCUUUCUCAGAUUGUUUCUAAUUUAAAAUAUGACUUGCUGGCAGAGGAUAUGCUUGGGAAUCCAGCUACUUCUGCAAAGGGUGGUAUCUACUAUUACUCAGAGCGUGGAGAUCGUUUGAUUGACCUUGCUUCACUCCGUGACAAACUUUGGCAGAAAUUCAAUUCUGUUUAUCCCCGGUUGAGCAACUUCGACAGUGAAGUUGAGCUAAAUGAUAUAAAAGAGACAAUUCAACAGUUGAUGAGAUGGGGUUGGAAAUACAAUAAGAAUCUCGAAGAACAAGCUGCCCAACUUCAUAUGUUAACUGGCUGGUCUCAAAUUGUUGAGGUCUCUGCUUCCAGGAGAAUAUCGUCACUUGAAAAUCGAUCCGAAGUUCUAUUUCAGAUUCUUGAUACAUCUCUAAGUGCUUCUUCUUCUCCAGACUGUUCGCUGAAGAUGGCAUCUAUAUUAUGCCAGGUUGCUCUAACAUGCAUGGCAAAACUACGAGAUGAAAGAUUUUCAUGCCCUGGUGGUUUAAAUUCUGAUAGUGUCACAUGUUUCAACCUGAUCAUGGUGAAACAAUUAUCAAAUGGCGCUUGUCAAUCCAUAUUGUUUAAACUUGUCAUGGCAAUUCUUAGAAAUGAAUCUUCUGAGGCCCUGAGGAGACGCCAAUAUGCCUUGCUGCUUAGCUAUUUUCAGUAUUGUCGGCAUGUACUUGAUGCUGAUGUUCCAACAACAGUUCUGCAAAACCUGCUUCUUGAUGAGCAAGAUGGUGAAGAUCUGGAUCUCCAGAAGAUGGACAAAGAAAAGGCUGCCCUGGCUCGAGCUAAUUUUUCUAUUCUAAGGAAAGAAGCUCAAUCUAUUUUGGAUUUGGUAAUAAAGGAUGCAACUCAAGGCAGUGAACCUGGAAAGACAAUCGCACUCUAUGUUCUGGAUGCAUUGGUUUGUAUUGAUCAUGAAAGAUAUUUCUUAAGCCAACUUCAAAGCAGGGGAUUUUUGAGGUCAUGCUUCAUGAGCAUCAGCAAUGUUUCCUAUGAGGGUGGUGGGCAUUCAUUGGAAUCAUUGCAGCGAGCAUGUACCCUUGAGGCUGAACUUGCUUUACUAUUACGGAUUAGUCACAAGUAUGGGAAAUCUGGAGCCCAGGUUCUAUAUUCUAUGGGUGCUUUAGAGCAUCUUGCUUCUUGCAGGGCAAUCAAAUUUCAGGGAAGUUUGAGGCGGGUUGACAUGAAGUUUCAAAGGCAAUUGGCUCUGGAUUUUGACAAACAACGAAUGAUCAUAAUCCCAAUGUUGAGAUUGGUUUUUUCUAUAACAUCAUUGGUUGAUACAUCUGAUUUUUUUGAGGUUAAGAAUAAAAUUGUUCGCGACGUCAUAGAUUUUAUCAAAGGACACCAACUGAUUAUUGACCAAGUUCUUAGGGAAGAUGUUUCUGCUGCCGAUGGAUUGACGAUGGAGCAGAUGAAUCUUGUUGUUGGUAUACUUAGCAAGGUUUGGCCAUAUGAAGAGAGUGAUGAAUAUGGUUUUGUUCAAGGACUUUUUGGUAUGAUGCGUGUUUUAUUCUCUCUCGAAUCGGAGAAUCCUGGUUUUCCUCAGUCAGUACGAUGUCUUGAGAAUCAGAGGAAAUCAGAACUACAAUCGUUUCAGUUAUGCUUCAGUCUGAGCUCCUACCUAUAUUUUAUGGUCACCAAGAAAUCCCUGAGACUGCAGGUUUCAGAUACAGCCUCAGAUUACAGUGUUUCUAUAGGACUUCAACAGCCCACAUUGAAUUUACUUGGUGUCCUUCUUAAUUCUGUGACAACUGCUCUAGAAAGAGCAGCAGAGGAAAAAUCCUUACUACUUAAUAAGAUUCGAGACAUAAAUGAACUAUCAAGGCAAGAGGUAGAUGAAAUUAUCAGUAUGUGUUCUCAGAAAGAGUUCGCUUCAUCUUCUGAUGAUAUUCAUAGAAGGAGAUAUAUUGCAAUGGUGGAAAUGUGUCAGGUUGUGGGCAAUAGAGAUCAGCUAAUUGCUUUACUGCUUCCACUGGCAGAACACGGGCUAAAUGUCCUUCUCAUCCAUUUCCAGGAUAGUGCUGUCAAAUCAGAUGCCAGUGGAGCUAUUAAAACAAUUACCUAUGGUGCCAAGUCCGACUCAGGGGAGGACACAUCUUUGUUGUGCGGAAAGUUAAUUCCAACCUUAGAACGGCUUGAGUCGCUAAGUGAGGAGAAAGUAGGCUACAAUCUUAAGGUGUUUCAAAGAUUAGUGGCUUCACUUAAAGAAUUGACAAUUCAAAAGUUGGCUAUAUGAGAAUGUCUCAAGCAGGGGUAAGAUUUUCAAUGGGCAAGCCAUUGUUAAUAUACUCAUUAUCUUGUAAAUUUUGAAUGUAUCAAGCAUAUCUAAUUUCUUCCUAUUUGGUCAAAUCUGUAAGUUGUAGCUUAUUUUAUGUAUAUGGAAACAACUACCCUAUUCUCACAGUUUUAUGUUAGCAAAGCUUUUCACAA